GACUCAUAACACAAGCUGUCUAGCACUAAUGGCCGACGAAGAUGUUGAUAAACAAGGAGAUUUAUUGGAGCGUCAGAAACAAGAAAAAAAGGAACUACAAGGUAAAAUUCAAGCCUUAAAACGAAGUGUUCCUAAAGGCGAUAAAAAAAGAAAAAAAGAAGUAACAGAGGAAAUAGCAGCAUUGGAAGCCAAACUUAAAGAAAAACACAAUCAAGAAAAUGCAGAAAUUGUGUCAGUCACCUCAAAAAUUACUGAAACUCAUGAUGCGUCAGAAUUGCUGCCUCAAAUGAAUAUAAUGGACAUAAAUGAUCAACCGGAAGGGAGAAAAGUCACCAGAGCUCAGAAAAGACGGGAUAAGAAAGCUGCCUUGGAGAAAGAACGGCAAAAAAGAAUUGAACAAGCAGAAAACAUCAUUUCAGAAAGAAGUAUUGAGCAGAAAAAACUUGAAUCUAUUUUGCUACCUUUAGGUCUUGUUGUUAAAGAGAUUGCUGCUGAUGGAAAUUGUUUAUACAAUGCAAUUGCUGAUCAGCUGAGAACAUUAAACAUUCAACAUACGAAUCAAAGUCUGCGUGAACUGGCUGCAUCAUAUAUGCUUUCUCAUUCCGAAGACUUUCUUCCUUUCCUCAUUGAUCAGCACACUGGUGAUGGUUAUACUAAAGAGAAAUUUUCUGAUUACUGUCAGCAACUUUGCAAUUCCUCAGUCUGGGGUGGUCAAUUAGAGAUACAAGCCAUUUCCUGUGCACUAGAGAUUCCCGUGAAAAUCUUUCAGACAGUUGGAAGCACAGUUGAAAUUGGAGAGCAAUAUGAAGCGCCAGCAAUUCUCCUAUCAUUUCACCAUCAUGCUUAUGGCUUAGGGAAACACUACAAUUCAGUGAUAAAAGCUAGUGAUAAUCUUUAAAAUUUAUUUUAUCUAGGCAAUUUUUGUUAUGUAUGAUAUUUUCAUUUCGUUAGACCACUUUUAAAAUGUACAAAAAGAUAUACAUAUUAAUUAAUAAAAAAAUUCCCUUUUAUUGAUUUUUGUAAUAAGAAAUCUUUCGGUACCAGCGACCUUAACUGUGAACGAUUUUACAACUAGUUUCACAAACCGAACACAAGUAUAUAAAAAACAGAAAAAAGUAAUUCUCCGCUGUA